UGAGAGAGUUAAAACUGAGCUAUAUUUGAUUUCCAUUCUUUCAAUAUUAAAUUUUAUACUGUGUUUGAUCGUCAGCGAGAAAAAACCCUCAGAAUUUGAUAUUGUUUCGGCUGGCAAGAUGAGACACAUACCAACAAGUUUUGGAUUUAUGGUUUUUAUUUUUGGCUGUUUAACAUUAUUGAUUAAAACUCUAUCAGGAAAUAUGAUUGUCUAUCCUACUACUGAAUUCGAACGUGGACGUGAAGUAAGUCUGAGAGAAGUAAUUCAGAGAAAACGGCCAGAUAUCAAUGUAGAAUGCGUCUAUGAGAACGCAACGGUUGGAUAUGUAGUUUAUACAUUCAACAAUACGAUAAAUAAUCGAUAUGUAAUGAAAAAUUAUAACCCUCUAUUUGAAGUGAGCGGUAAUGAAGUUAUUGUAAAAGAUGGCCUAGAUUAUGAGACUUCGCCAGAAGAAACAGUGACGGUUGUGUACUGGAAUUCAAAUGCACCAAGCACUUCGGAUGAAGUCAGCAUAAUAAUCACAAUCCUGAAUGUUAAUGAGCCACCAGAGUGGACUAUGGCGUAUGAGCCGUACCUUGCCGUUACUAAGCUGAACGUAGUGAACGGCGUCAACAUUUACACACUUUCGGCGCAAGAUCCUGAGGACCCAAGUGCAGAGAUCGUGUAUGAGCUCUUCAUUGACGAAAGCAAGAUGUUUGCUGUUAAUCCAGUAACAGGCUAUGUAUAUAUUGACAAACAUUCUGGGGCUUCUUUUGAAGACAAUAAGGAAUACACUUUAACUGUAACUGUCUAUGAAAAAUCUGACAUGUCCAUGGGCAACUCAGCCGAUGUUAAAGUGAAGGUGGGAGAGCGCCCUCCUCAGUUCCCCAGAGAAUCGUAUACUGUGACAAUUUCGGAGGACGCUAGUGUUCCAGUAAACCUAAUUACCGUAAACGCAAAAUCGUUUGAUCGCUUGGAAACUGUAUCAUAUACAAUUGAAGAGCAGCCUACAGGAAUUGAUCACGUGAUUGAUAAGCAAGGGGUAAUAACUCUGGAAACGAAACUAGACAGAGAAACAUUCGGCAGCUAUGUGCUCAGAAUAAAGGCAGCUGAUAGCCAUGGCGAAAGUAUAUCUGUGGUACACGUUAAUAUACUGGAUGUUAAUGACAAUGGUCCUGUGUUCACUCAGUUCAUUUACCAUUUUCGAGAUAUUUCGGAAGGUGUUGGUCUUGAUACUAGUGUUGGCCAAGUUGUUGUCAGUGAUGGAGAUGGCGAGUUUUAUGGAUCAGUUUUACUGUCAAUUCCGGUUGGGGAACCAUUCAGAAUCAAUGAGGAUGGUAAUAUUUAUCCUACAAGCAAGUUGGAUUAUGAAUCUAAUCCUGUGUACGAUUUUGUGAUCACUGCUGUUGACCUUGGUGGUUAUUCAAGUACAGCAUCAGUUCGGAUUGAUCUCUUGAAUAUUAAUGACAUGAGCCCGAUAUUUAGUGAGUCUAGCUAUGCGUUUGAUGUUGAUGAUACAGUCGAGGAAGGUUACAAGAUCAAUACCGUUUAUGCAUCCGACCCAGAUGGUGAUUUGGUGACAUUUUCUAUUGAAUCAUGCAGUCAAUGCCUGUUUGUUAUCGAUAGCAAGACAGGUGUUAUCAGCCGCUCAUCUGUGUCUGAUAAUCUGGAUAAAGCUUCGUACAGUUUUACUGUUGUAGCAAGUGAUAAUGGUACUUGCUGUUCGGGUGCUGUAACCAAUUCUGCUAAAACAAACGUAACUAUAACUAUCAACGACAUUAACGAUAAUGUUCCUGUGUUUCCUGAUUGCAAUUCUUACUCCCCGUCUAUUCCAGAAGGAUCGCCAAGACUGUCAUCAGUCCUCAUAGUUACAGCCACCGAUGCUGAUCCAGGUGUAAAUGGGGAGAUAACAUUUGAACUAAAAGAGAACGACUUAAAACGAGGCUAUUUUGAAAUUGAAGAUCUUGGUAGUGGUCAAGGCUUAUUAAAAACAAGAAGGGAAUUUGAUCGGGAGGUAGAUGAAUCAUUUUCGCUGACGUUGCUAGCGGAGGAUUCUGCUAAAUAUGGGCUGACAGGUUUCUGCCAGAUAACAGUUAUUGUCAAUGAUACAAAUGAUGAAUUUCCUGAGUUGAGCCCAAGUCAAGUGACCAUUCCACGCUCACUACCAGUGAACAGUGUUGUAACAAAUAUAGAGGCAUUUGAUCCAGACCUGGAAGACAUUCAGAAAGGUCUGAUAUACUCGUUGGAGGACCCUAGCAAUGAGUUUUAUUUGGAUGCAGAUGGUACUCUUAGAGUUAGAUCUUCACUUGCUUCAGCUCCAUCGUCAGUCUAUGGCGUAAAAGCAUGGGCUUGGGCAGCAGUCUUGGCAGUAGACUUUCGUGGGUUAUGCUUGGUCUUUACACCGAAUGAAACCCAUUCAUCCACUGUGAAUUUGGCUUAUACGGUUGAAAUCACUCUUAUUGAUGGACAAGUGGAUGCUCCCACCUUUACAGUACAGCAACUCAUUGUUGAUGUACCUGAGGAUAAGCCAAUAGGUGAAGAGGUAUUCACAGUUACAGCGACUUCACCCGAUCAAUCAACAAUAAUAUACAUCAUAAUUCCUGGUAAUACUCCUGAAAGAAAUAAUCCCAGACAAUUUACGAUUGACCAAUAUACAGGUUCUGUGACCGUGUUUGGUGAUAACUUGGAUUAUGAAAAAGUGCAAAGUUAUGAUCUCCUGAUUCAAGCAAUUGAUUCAAAUACCCAAUUAGCAAGCUACCUGACUGUAGUAGUCAACAUCGAGGAUAGAAAUGAUCAAACACCAGAAUUUGACUUGAGUGAGUAUGUAGCAAACAUUGAGGAGGGAGACUACACAGGUCAAAAUAAACUAGUGGUGACAGUGCAUGCUGAGGAUGCUGAUACAGUACCAGACUAUAAGAAGGUACUUUACGAACAGGAUCCAAUGGAAUAUAAUUCUUUAUUUGAUGUUAAUCAAGCCAAUGGAGAAAUAAGAACAAGCGGGACAUUUGACCGAGAAAAUAAUGCAUUGUAUCUAAUCUAUAUCCUAGCGAAAGAUAAUGCCCCUUCUUCAAUUUCACCAAGUGAACCAAAUAUAGCUAAAAUUAUAGUAACGGUCCAUAUCAUUGAUAGGAAUGAUAAUAAUCCGACAUUUCCGAAUGUUGCGUAUUCAGCUAAUGUUGCUGAGAAUGCCAAAAGUGGAUACUCCAUUGAAACGAUCACUGCUGUUGAUAUUGAUGAAGAUAGUGUAUUGAACUACCUGAUUGCUGGUGGCAGUACAUUACCCGGUAUGUUACCAUACCAGAGUGCUGUAUUUCAGGUAGAUUCUGAGACAGGAACUAUAAAGGUCGCAGCUAGCCUAGACUUUGAAGCAGUUCAGACCUAUGAGCUGGAUUAUAUUGUUACCGAUGGUUUGCAUGAGGACACUACAAGACUUACCAUCAACAUCCUGGAUACAAAUGACAAUUCACCUGAGUUUGAUGACGAGGUUUAUAGAAGCUCAAUUACAGAAGAGGAAGAUAGUGUAGCCUUCCCAUUUGAUGUUUUAACAGUGUCAGCAACAGAUGCUGAUGCUGAUUCUGGAGCAAUCCUGUAUUCCCUCAAAGGACACGACAGUAAUUACUUUGCAAUUGAUUCAACAUCUGGAAUGAUAACACUUCUUCGAUAUUUAGACUAUGAAUACAAAACAGAAUGGCAUUUCAUUGCUGAAGCAACAGAUGAAAACGGAGCAGGACUGACUGGCGUCGCUGAUGUGCUCAUCUCAGUGACUGACAUCAAUGAUAAUCCUCCUGAAUUUAACCAGGCAUCAUAUGAAGGUGAAAUAGCAGAAGAUGCUGUUAUUGGCGCAUAUGUGAUGACAGUGAGUGCUACAGAUGCAGACUCGCCACCUCAGUCAAACAAUAAAUAUAGCCUUGAACCAGUGUCUGAUUUGCCUAGCGAUGGAACUGAUGGGAUUUCUACGUUCAGAAUAGGGCUGGAUGAUGGUAAAAUCUUUACGACAAUUGAACUGAAUCGUGAGGCAAUUGACAAAUACUAUGUGCUGGUAAAAGCCGAGGAUCAAUCUAUCUCCCAGUCAGCUACUGCUACCGCAACAAUUAUCGUCUUAGAUGUGAAUGACAAUGGUCCGGAAUUUUACUUAGAACCUUACAGUCAAUCAGUUAUAGAGUCGCUUCCUGUUGGCGAUACAGUUGUGGAUAUUUUUGCGACUGAUGAAGAUAUCGGAGUUAAUACAGAAUUAGAAUUUACAUUUUUGUCUGGGAAUGAAGGGUCAGAGUUUGGAAUUACUCGGAACCCAGUAAAUAGGCAAAAUGCUGUGAUCUACUUAAUGAAAGAACUGGAUUUUGAGACAACAGUUAAGUACGAUCUGGUUAUUGAAGCAAGUGAUCAGGUUUUCACUGACACUGCCACUGCUACAAUCAACGUACUGAAUGUAAAUGAAGCACCAGUGUUCAGAGAAGAAACAUAUGUCAAAAGUGUUGAGGAGAAUAGUAUAUCAAAUCCAUUCAUCGAAGUGUCAGCUUCAGAUGUAGAAGGAAAUAGUAUAAGUUAUGAAAUCGACCCAGCUACCAAUGUAGGGAAAUGGCUGACCAUUAAUUCAGACACAAGAAUUGUAACUCAAGAUAACCCAUUUGACCGGGAAGACAGUCCUAUUCACAAUUUCAGAGUCUGGGCAAUAGAUAAUGGGAGCCCACGUGCAACUGGCUCUUGCACAAUAAGUGUCACAGUGACCGAUGUCGAUGAUGAAUGUCCACGUCUCGUGGAAGACUACAGACCAAAGGCAAUGGAGAACCAAAAGCCACCUCAGUUAGUUGAGAUUAUAACAGCAAUGGAUCCAGAUGAGGGUGAUCAAACACCGUAUACAUUCAGUAUUGUUAACGGUUAUGUCAUGAAAGGACAGUAUACCGUCAGUGAAGCAUUUCAGUUGACAACUAUCAGUGAGACAUUAGCAGUAAUUAAAACCCUCAAGGAAAUUGACCGGGAAUCACAGAAAUUUUAUGAAAUGGGGAUCAAAACUGAGGACAAAUGGGGUAUAUCAUGUACUUCAACUGUAACAAUUGAAAUUGGGGAUGAGAACGACAAUCCGCAUCAAGCUGGUGAAAAAUCAAUGUCUUUCUUUACAUAUGAAGGUGGCACAUCCACAGGUGUGGGGACAAUUCCUGUAGGACCGGUUAACUCACCUGAUCCUGAUGACAAUGAUCUGGAUGAAAAAACAUUUUCCAAGCUUAAUGAAGAUGAUUGGGAUUUCUUUGAUCUUGACACUGACACUGGGGUUAUCCUGAUAAAAGAAGGUACUCCAAAUGGAAUCUAUGAAAUGGAGAUCCUAGUGCAAGAUAAUAAGUUCCCAGACCAGACAUCCACGGUGACCGUUACAGUUACUGACCUGCCAGAGGAAGCUGUCUAUAACUCAGGUUCUAUGAGAAUGUCUGGUGACCCUCAGUUCAAUGCAGCAGAGUUUGUUCGGGAACCGAACAGCAUCUAUAGCACCCUGCGAACUACCCUAGCUGAAAUUCUUGGAACGCCGGAAGGCAAUGUGGAUGUUUUUAGUGUUAUGGAUGUUGAAGGUAAAAGCAAUAUGGUCGAUGUUCGCUACUCAGCUCAUGGGUCACCUUACUAUAAAGCAGAAAGAAUGGAUAUGGCAGUGAGGGCUAAUCAGCAGAAGGUGCAAGAUGCCACUGGACUUGAUCUGGAAAUGAUAGGAAUUGAUGCCUGUUACCAUGAUGAAGGGGUUUGCGAAGGCUCCUGCUACAACAACUACACCGUCACCAAAGAACCAUAUCUUAUCGAUUUGCAAACGCAGUCGUUCACAGGAAUAACGACCUACACUACUGCUGCUUGUGGGUGUGCCGGAAGAGAAGUCUUUCCGGAUGGAUGCACAUACGAUACAUGUAUGAAUGGAGGUACAUGCACACCUACUAAUUACGGUGGAUUCAGCUGUACAUGUCCUACUGGGUUUGAAGGUGGAAGAUGCGAGAUGACAAAGCGCAGCUUUGAGGGAGGGAAAAGCUACGCUUGGGUGGAGACACUUGAACAGUGUGAAGAGACAGUUGCCUCGAUAGAGUUCAUUACUGAUGUAUUGGAUGGCACUCUGUUUUACAAUGGGCCAAUGCAAAAAAAUGCAAACCAGAGGGAUUUUAUUCUGCUUGAGUUAGUGGGAGGUCGGCCUAGACUACAGCUGAAUCUUGGAGAUAAUACUGCUGAACUGGCCUUCAGCAGCAACGAUUUAAAUCAAUUGAAUGAUAAGGUUUGGCAUACCUUGAAAAUCAGAAGAAAUGCCCAGUAUGUAGAGAUGGUUGUGGAUCACUGCAAGUCAGCAGUUGUAGUAGAAAACAGUGGAAAGAGCACUAUUGAUGCGACAAGCUGUAUGGUCAACAAAACUGUACCAGGAAACAGCAAGCUUCUGAAUUUGAACACACCACUCCAAAUUGGUGGAGUAGACACAGAGUCUCCUUGGGUGUAUGACCAUCUGGAUUCAACCCCAUCUGGAUUUGACGGGUGUGUUCGAAAUCUGAUUCAGGAUGGAAAAUUGUAUGAUUUAAGUGAUAACAACGUAGGAACGUCAUUCUACAAUUCACAACAAGGUUGCACUCGUACCAAUGAAAAUUGCAUCGACAACACGGACGGAACAUCAUUGUGUAAGAAUGGUAUUUGUGAUGCAGAUACCAAGACUGGAGUAUGUAUCUGCUACCCAGGAUACACCGGAGAUAAAUGUGAUCAAGAGACAACACCGUAUGACUUUGCAUUAAACAGCUUUGUUGAUUACACUGUGAAACCUGCUGCUGAACUGGACCCAUCAGGAUAUGAAGAACAUUACCACUCAGUGGUUCGAACGUGGAAAGAAACCGGACUUGUGUGGUACAUUGCUAACCUGGACACAGGGGAACACACUACUAUCGAUAUGGUUGAUGGUACGUUGAGGCUUCGCUAUAACCAUGGAGAAGGUGAAUAUAGCAUGAGCCUUCCCAACUACAGAAUCAAUAAUGGAGCAUGGCACAGUGUUGAGUAUGAUCGCUAUGGUAACUAUGUGACGUUGAAAGUUGACAGAGGUGGUGGAACUAGACAGGUGGAAGGAUCUCCUGGAACGUACCAGCAUAUUAUAGUGAGUCCAGAGUCUCUACGAAUUGGUGAUUUAUUCGGGAAUGAAGUUAUACUGCAGGACUUCCAAGGUUGUGUGAAUGAUCCACGAAUUAAUAACCACUACUUAGGCUUCUCAUCUUCUUCAUACGCUGAUGUGACAUCGUCGAAUAAUGUCACUGAGGGUUGCAUAAGUGAUGCAUGCGAUGGCGUGACUUGCGAUCCUCCAUUUGUUUGCAAUGACAUAUGGCAACAAUAUGAAUGCAUUUGUCCUGCUAACACGGGUGGUGAUUUCUGUACCAUUCUCACUUGUGAUCCCAACCCUUGUCUAAAUGGUGGUACAUGCUUUGAAGAUACAGACGGUAUUAUAUGCAUCUGUCCAAAGGCUUAUACUGGUGAAUUUUGCUCUAUCAAAAAUGGAAAUGAUGGGGGUGGUCUAUCAGCAGCAGUAAUUGCUGCAAUUUGCAUCGGUUUAUUAUUUUUACUCGUUAUGCUAAUCAUCAUAUUCAUGUUGUAUAAGAAACAUAAGGAGGCAUAUGAUGAUAUUAACACCAAGGGCAUCAAGAUAACUACUGUGAGAAACUCUACGUAUGAAACUGGUGGAGGUAUCAAGACAUCUAGUGAAGAACCAGCACAGCUUCCGCCACUGACUGAGCUGCCUUAUGAUUAUAUACCUGUCAUUAAUGUCGACGACGGCAACGCUGACCAUGCAGAUGACCAUCUCUACCACCACGUAAUUUACAGCAGUAUUCCUGACUCCCAGCCGACUUAACUCACUUGCAGGUGGUCUGCAAAACUGUUGUUUAAUUUCAUGCCAGUAAUUAAUAUUGCUAGGAAAAUUCUAUUUAGAAUUUGUAGGAUGAAAUUAUCAUUCAUUCAAACUAUAGAAUAUUACAAUUUUUGUUCAGUUUUGUUCACCUUUUGAAGUUGAUAAUUUAUGCACGAAUUUAAAACUUAGUAGUGAGUUAGAUCUAUUUUUGUUAUUUGAAGUCGAUAAACCUGGAAAGUCAGUAGCAUCAGUAGCUUUAUAUAUAAUAAUUAUAACCCAGUAUGAAUAUUUAUAGAAUCAACGGUGUUUCUACGGAAAGUUUUUUAAGUUUUAAUGUAUAAUUCAGUAUUUUAUAGAAUCACAGCUGAUUACCUUAUAGGUUUUUCUAUGUUUUUGUACUGUAUUGUGUAUUUUAUUUUUGUUUCUCAUAAUAAUAAUAAUAAUCAAAAUAAGCAAUUAGUAGAGCUCCGCAUAGUACACUAUAGGAAAAUUAUUGUACGAAGGUUA